UGCCUGGCUGGAGUGAAGUCUAAGUCUCAUCCUUUGUGGGCGGGGCCAGCCCCUCUGAACAGCAUAAAACCCCACAGGGCUGGGUCUGGUGUGGGCACAGCCCUGGCAUGGCCCUCUGACUCAAACCUCUACCAGCUCCAUGGCCAGUCCUAUGGAGGCAUCCUCAGGUAAUCUGGGGCAGAGAGGGUUGGGUCCCCACCGAAGGAAGAGAACCACCUUCAGUGUUGGGCAGCUGCUGGAACUGGAGCGUGUAUUUGCAGCACGGCCUUACCCAGACAUCAGCACCAGGGAGCACUUGGCUCAGGUCACCCGACUGCCAGAGGCCAAGAUCCAGGUAUGGUUCCAGAACCGCCGGGCCAAGAGAAUCAAGAACAGGAAGCCAGAAGGCCUAAGCCCCAGGCUUGAGCCUACCCCAAGCUCCUGUUCUCUUCCAGACACCUCUCAGCAAGUUGGGAAAUCCCAAGCAACAGGCCAGCCUCCUCUUGACACCAGCGUGGCUCAGUUUACCUCAGCAUGUCCACAGACCUUCUGUGCAGCUUCCAGCUUAGGCUCAGGGCAGGGCUGGACAGGGGUUAAAGCUGCAGCCCCAUGGGGACCUGCUGGGGUUUCAGGGCUCCAUCCUUCUUUGGAGCGAGCUACUCCCCAGACCUCGCUGGGAAGCCUGUCUGACCUUAUUUAUGCUUCAGCCAUUGUGGCCAAUGUGGACUACUCCUAAUGAGGUCUAAAACUUGCUCUGGCUCUUGUAGCCCACCAACCCCAUCUGAAGUAGAUCCCUGAACCAUCAUUUUACACAAGGGAGUUCUAAAACAGGAAGAAAGUUUAAAUUGGGGACCGUCUUCCAUCCCCCUUUCUGGCCAGCCUCCAGCUCAGAUUCAGGCUCUCUGCAGUGACUGGGGUCCUGGUGACUGCUACUCAGCACCCUGGCUCCACAGAUUGGCAGGAGAUACCAUCAGAAGGAUGAGGCAGAAAGCUGUUUUCCACCUCUCUGACUAAGCCUGGUCCCCAAAUCUUCUCACCCCAACCAAUGGUCUCUUACCUCUGAGGAAUGGACAGCCAUCCUUCCAGGAUCGUCAGGCCAUCCUUUAACUACUAAUGAACCACACGGGAGAUCGCUAUUUCUGUUCUGGUUUGUUGGGGACCCACCUUUUCAUGGUUUAUGGUCCCCUCUCUUGAUCUCCUGCCACCUGGACAAAUUAAUCAGAACUAUGUAUCUGAAGAGGGACUGAUAUUAAAGUAAUAAGAAUGGGAGGAUGGGGCUUAGGUUGAUUUAAUUUCCACAGAUCAGAUUGGCUGCCCUUUAAAGUGGGGCUAACCUAAUAGAUCUGGGGCAGAAGGGGUACAGCAACAUUGGAUUUGGGUAUCACUGUCAUUUGUAAUACCAACUAAUCUCCAAAUAAAACCAAAUACUGUACCUUAAUCUGGAUUGU